AUGACUUCUUCCCAGUCAUCAUCUCCACCACUUCGAUCUCAAAUCAAAAUUCCUCGUCCAACAACACUUACUACAACUACUGAUCCAUCGAUCAAUCGUCAAUUCGUUUGGAACAUCGAUCAUCUCUUCGGUAGUCCAUCACCGUUGGAUGCACGACCAAGAAUCUUCCGACCGGGCAUGUUGAUUAGGUCUAGUGUAUAUGAACGAAUUCUUGCCGAAGUCGACUCAUGUAAUUCGAGAUCGGUCCAAGAACAAGAAGAAGAAGAAAAUGAUGUUGAUGAUGAUUGUAAUAGUAGUGAUUCGAUCAUGGUUUUCAAUGAACAACAACAGCAACACUCAUCUCAUCCAUUGAUGAUGACUCAAUCAGGUGUCAUUGCUGAUCAUCAUCGUGCAUACGCUGCCUAUGGACAUCUUGAUCGAGCAACCAUUGCUCAUGAAUGUCAAUUCAAUCUUGAACAACCAUCAUCAUCAUCAUCAUCAACAACAACAGCACAGUCACACAAACGAAUGCGUCUCAAUGCGAAAUCAUUCGCUAUCACCGCAUGGACCGAUGUAUCCAAAGACAUGGUCUUGGAUCAUAUCAAGAAUGAAUUUGGUAUAGAAAAUAUUCAAUACAUUUGCAUCAGUGAAGAAUUGAGUGAAUUGAAUCAUGAACGACAUCUUCACAUCUAG